AUGACAGGGUUAACAGUGAAACCCCCACCUCAAAUGCAAUCAUUUGGAAUUUUCCUCCGUGAGCCACCGCAAAAUGAGGUCACCAACGGCGAAAACCACCGGGACCCAUCACUGGUGACGAAGAAAACAAUCAAAAAGACACUGAUCAUGGAUGAAUCAUCGCUAGAAAACCCUGAUUUGGGUCCAUUUCUACUGAAGAUGGCACGAGAUACCAUAGCUUCUGGUGAGAAUCCAGGUAAGGCUUUGGAUUAUGCAAUUCGGGCAUCCAAAUCCUUUGAACGGGUUUCGGGUCCGGGUUUGGAUCUUGCCACGUGUCUACAUGUUGUGGCUGCGAUUUAUUGUAGUUUGGGGAAGUUGGAUGAGGCUAUUGAGGAAUUGGAACGGUCAAUUCUGUUGUUGGAUGUUGAAAAUGGGUCGGGUCAUGGUAUGGUGAAAUUUUCUGGGUAUAUGCAACUUGGUGAUACUUAUUCUAUGACUGGACGGUUGGAUAGAUCCAUUUUGUGUUAUGAGUCGGGUUUGAAGAUCCAAAUGGGUAUUUUGGGUAAGUCCGACCCGAGAGUUGCAGAAACUUGCAGAUACUUAGCUGAAGCUCAUGUUCAAGCCAUGCAAUUCGACGAUGCGGAGCACUUCUGCAAGAAGACACUUGAAAUUCAUAAGGAGCAUUGCUCACCCGCUUCACUCACCGAAGCAGCUGACAGGCGUCUCAUGGCCCUUAUCUGCGAAGCAAAGGGAGAUUAUGAAUCAGCACUCGAGCAUCUUGUCCUAGCCAGCAUGUCCAUGAUUGCUAACGGACAAGAUAACGAGGUUGCAGCUAUUGACGUUAGCAUCGGGGAUAUUUACUCGUCGCUGUGUCGUUUUGACGAAGCCGUUUUCUCCUAUCAGAAAGCACUGACAGUGUUCAAAUCCACCAAGGGUGAAAGUCACAUUUCUGUUGCCUUAGUGUUCAUUCGUCUCGCCGAUCUUUACUUCAAGACCGGAAAAUUAAGAGAGUCGACGUCUUAUUGUGAAAACGCGUUGAGAAUAUAUAGUAAGCCCUUGCCUGGAAUAACCGCCGGAGAGAUUGCGAGUGGCUUGACCGAAAUCUCGGCAAUCUACGAAGCUCUAAACGAACCCGAGGACGCGUUGAAGCUCUUGCAGAAGGCGGUGAAACUAUUAGACGGUAUCCCCGGACAAUAUAGGACAGUGGCGGGAAUAGAAGCUCAAAUGGGAGUACUGUUCUACAUGGUCGGGCGGCAUGUAGAAGCUUGGAAAUCUUUUGAUAACGCCGUCAUCAAACUGAGAGCCGGCGGGGAGAGAAAAUCUGCGUUUUUCGGAUUUGUGUUGAACCAGAUGGGUUUGGUAUGUGUUCAACUCUAUAAAAUAGAAGAAGCUGCUACACAUUUUGAAGAAGCUAGAGAGAUAUUAGAGAGGGAAUGUGGAAACUAUCACUUGGACACUCUUGGAGUGUAUAGCAACCUAGCUGCGACUUAUGAUGCAUUAGGAAGAGUUGAAGAUGCGAUUCAAAUAUUGGAAUACAUACUGAAAAUGCGAGAAGAAAAACUUGGAACUGCGAAUCCAGAUGUUGAUGAAGAAAAGAAAAGACUGUUUGAGCUAUUGAAAGAAGCGGGAAGAGUUCGAAGUAGAAAGGGAAAAUCUCUCGAAAACCUUAUCGAUUCAAACUCGUUGAAGAUGAAGAAGGAAGGAAGAAGAAGAUGGGGUGCAUUUAGUUUUAGAACUUAA